GAAGCUGACGGAGGAUGGAGUUUGCUGCUUUAGUGACAGUCUCAUUCUCAGUUCUUUCCUGGAUGGUGCCCAUUGGAGGUUUUCAGACGGUUCCACCUCCACCAGCGCCCAGGCUGACCACUUCUCCUCCUCCAAACGCCACCUUUGUCAGAGGAGAGAAAGUCCAGUUUAAAUGCCACCGACCAGAAGGGCAUAAGGGAGAGUGGUUCUAUUUCUUUAAAGCCACCAGACGUGGUCAGUGGUCCAAGUAUAGAAUAAUAAACCGCAGUAUCUUGGAAGUCUCCACAAUGCAUCUGGAGCCAAGGGAAAGUUUUGUGUGUUCUUACUGGAGGAAAAACAGGGAAGGAAGAGAGUCUGCAAAGAGCAACCAGGUUGUGCUCUCUGUUGCUGGUAAGAAACUUUCUUCUUCUAGCAGCUCAGGGAGUCACACCUGGAGAAAGCUGGGAGUUUGGCAUCCCAGAUGCCAUGAUUUCCCACUCCCUGCCACCCUUUCCCUGAACCCCCUGAAUCCUGUUUACACCCAUGGAGAACAGAUUACUUUGCACUGCUCAGUUCCUGAUGGGCGGGAAGCGGCAGGGUACACCUUUUACAAGGAGCUACAAGGUCAGACAUCUGAGGAGCUUCCCCGUAAAGAGUUGGCGAUUCCCCAUAAAGCUUUGCGCGUUGGUGAAGAUACGGCCGGGAACUACAGCUGUGCAUAUUCCAUCAGAUUAGAAGAGAAGGAAAUCCGGUCUCCACGCAGCAACAUCAUCUCUGUAAUAAUGGAAGUGAAAUGUUGGGGGAAAUCUAAUCUAGAAGAACAGGAGGAGGGGGGACCAGGUGAUCUUGGAACACUGGAGCCCCAGACAACACUCAGUCAGGGCUCAGGUACCACCUAUGCCGUCAUCCCCUUUUGCUCUGCUGCAACUUCCUCAGGACCAGUGAUGGAGAAUGAGCUCCAGCAGGUUGAAGAGGAGGGUCUGUUGUAUACCUCUCUCUUGACCCACCUCUGGGGACCGGCCUGUGCAGGCUACCCUCCUCCCCCCAGAUUCUCUGUGUCCCCCAGACAAGACAUCUACAGAACUGGCGAACUGAUAAACCUCACGUGCUCUGCUCCUGACCACUACAACAUGUCCGGAGUCACCUUUUCCAGUCAACAAUGGACACUAUAUUUCCAGACGCACCUGCCCUCUGGGGGGGCAUUCACACAUGCCCUGCGCCUGUCUCCCCAAGACAGCGGCAAGUAUUCCUGUGACUACAUUGUUAUGCAGUCAAGAUUGCGAUCGCAGAGCAGCGACUCCAUCCAUAUUGCAGUGAUGGAUCCUCUUCCUCCUCCAGUACUGAAAACGGACCCUCCGUACAGAGUGGUGAACGAAGGAGACCCCUUGCUCCUCACUUGCUCGGCCAAAGGAGGCGGCGUGGAGAAAAGGUUCCAUUUCUACCGGGACGGUGUUGAGAUGACCUCCGACAGCGAUGGGUCUCUGCGGUUCUCCGGAGAACAUGGGGGUGCCUCCCCAGGGGUGUCUGUAAACAUCCCGCAGGCUAAGCUCAACCACACCGGGGAAUUUGCCUGCAGGUAUGAGGAAAAAAUGAGCAGGGGGUGGAUCGUCUCUCCGUGGAGUCAGAAGGUGUACCUCACAGUUUGGGCACCAAAUUCCUCUUCGCCACCCCUGCUAUAUGCAUGCUUGGCGAUUCCACUGGCGAUCCUGAUGGUCCCUCUUGCUUUUUACUGCACGAGAAGGAAGAGAGCGUUGAAAUCCGAGCAGGAAAACAAUGAAGAAGCAAAUUCCGAGUACCUUGAAAUGUUCAGCGCCACUAGGAAGCCUCAGAGGACUCAGACGCCUUUCACUGCAUUGCCGCCCCCUGCUCUGCCUCAGCCCCCAAUAUCGCCAUCAAGGAUGGAGAACGGAGCCAAACUGGCAGACGACCAGGAGGAAGGUCUCUACAACAACAUUCCCCUUCAGGCCAAGAAGAGAGCAGAGAUUCUGAAGAAGAAUGAGCCAUCGGGGAGAUGA